CGCACGCGCGGCGGGGGGCGGAGCUUCCCUCGCCUGUGGCGCGAAGUUCCAUCGCGGCGCUGGCGGGAGUCGUGGAAGGGCUGCGCUUUUCCUUGGGAAUCAUGAACACCCGGCAGCAAAGCAAACUUAUCUACUCCUGGUAUGGGAAACCCAUGAGCUCAGACAGAAAGCUGAGGACUACUCAGUACAGGGGGAUCAUUAUUACCUCAGAAAGCAGCAGAACAGAAACGUGUAUACAGCUUGGGGACUUUAUUCUAGUAGAAGGGGUGAAUGCAGAUCGGCCUUAUGUAGCACAGCUCCUGGAUUUAUAUGAAGAUGGUGCUCAGCACAAACGUGCAGUUGUGCAGUGGUUCUGUCAUAUUGGAGAGAUACCUCAGAAUAAAAGGAAGCUGCUUAAAAGAGAGAUUUCUUCCCAAGAAGUGUUUUUUGACCAAGUUCUUGGCUAUGACACUGAUAUAGAUGCACAGACCAUCAUUAAAAGCAUCAUGGUAAUACCACUACAUCCAGGGGAGGAACUACCUAUUACAUUAAACAAGGAACAAACUUUCUACGUAAAACAGUCUUGGGAUGGGAAAUGCUUUAAGGCUUUGUCCCCAGACACGUUCUCUAAGCUGAAAGCCAAGAAGAAAAAAGGCAGCACCCCGGACUCGUCAGAACCAUUUAUUCCUUCAGACAUCCUUACACCCCUGAAAAAAGAGACAGAGAGUGUUGUUCAGAGUGCCACAAAACCAAAAAAUGCUGAGUCAAAACAUUCUGUUUCCAAGUCCUCCCUUGCUAAGGAGAGGCAAUCACAGAGAGCGGCCAAUGACAUCAAAACCCCAACAGCAAGGAAGAAGCUGGAGUUAAGCAGUCCCACAAGAUCUAAAGGCAGGCUCCUGGGAAGUGAAGUUUUGGACCUUUUGGAUGAUGACCAUGAUGCCAUAGCACCAUUAGAAUCAGCAGCUACUAAAAGAAAAGUGACUUUCACCAGUGAUGUUUUAGGCUCACCGCCAAAGAUGCCUUGCAGCAAUGAUAAAUCCAAGUCAGUAUCUGACACUGCAGAGCCCUGUCAGAGGUUCAGUGACACAAUUCGAUUGUCCCCCUACCCCAAGGCCAAAGACUUCAGUGAGAAAGCCAAGAACCUUCACGUGGAAGAUGACAUCAUAUCUCUAGUUGGACAUCAGAAACCGGGCACUCAGAGCCCUGCGCUGACCCCUCGCUCUCGCAGAACAUGUGCACAGAGAACAAGUGCUCUCAUUGCACAGCACAUCAGCGUGUUGAACCAGGAAGAUGAUCUGUCCAGCUCUGACAGUUCUUACUCUUCAAGUAGCGAGGAAGAGGAGGAGGAGGAGGAUGUGCCCUGUACACCAGAAAAGAAAACUAAAUCAAGCAGAAUAUUCAGCACCCCAAAAUCUUCUAGCAAGUCUUCAGUUCACACUCCUGCAAAGACCCCAAAGAAAACUCCUUUACCAGGAACACCCAAGACUCCCCGGAAUGCCACUCCUGAAAUUCCCAGGCGUAGCCAUGCAGCACAGAAACCUGCCAGUGUACUGGAAGAAGCCAGAUUAAGGCUGCAUGUUUCUGCUGUCCCAGAAUCUCUGCCUUGCCGUGAGGAAGAAUUCCAGGAUAUCUAUAACUUUGUGGAAAGCAAACUCAUUGAUGGUACAGGAGGGUGCAUGUACAUUUCUGGAGUGCCUGGAACAGGUAAAACUGCAACUGUUCAUGAAGUGAUUCGCUGCCUUCAGCAAGCUGCAGAAAAUGAUGAACUGCCACCCUUCCAGUUGGUGGAGAUCAACGGCAUGAAGCUGACAGACCCUCACCAAGCUUAUGUGCAGAUCCUAGAGUUACUGACAGGUCAGAAGGUGACAGCAACCCAUGCUGCAGUACUGUUGGCAAAACUGUUCAAUACACCUGGGCCCAAGAGGAAAACCACAGUGCUCAUAGUGGAUGAGCUUGAUCUGCUGUGGACCCGCAAACAGAACGUGAUGUACAACUUGUUUGACUGGCCCACCCAAAAGCACUCCAAGUUAAUCAUCCUGGCCAUUGCCAACACCAUGGACCUGCCAGAGAGGAUCAUGAUGAACAGAGUCGCCAGCAGGCUGGGCCUCACCAGAAUGGCCUUCCAGCCCUACACAUACAAACAGUUACAGCACAUUAUUUCAUCCAGACUGAAGGAUGUGAAGGCAUUUGAAGAAGAUGCAAUUCAGCUGGUUUCCAGAAAGCAGUACAUUCCAAGAGCUGGAGGCAUGACAGCAAGAGUCGUGAUAAUGCAUAGUGAUAAGAUGUCAGGUUUCUCCAGUGUUUGGCAUAAUGUCGCGGCGCUGUCGGGUGAUGCCCGGCGCUGCCUCGAUAUCUGCAGGAGGGCCACAGAGAUCUGCGAGUUUGCCGAGCCAAAGAGAAGCCCUGAGAUAGUCGGGAUGGCCCAUGUCACUGAGGCCAUAGAUGAAAUGUUCUCAUCACCAUAUAUAAAUGCAAUCAGGAAUGCCUCAUUGCACGAGCAAAUCUUUUUGAAAGCAAUUUUAGCAGAGUUUCGCAGGGCAGGAGUUGAAGAGGCAACAGUUCAACAGGUGUACCACCAGCACAUGGCUCUGUGCAGGAUUGAAGGGAUGCAGAGGCCCACUGUGUCAGAAAUGAUGGCCAUUUGCUCCAGACUCGGUGCCUCCAGGCUCCUGCUGUUGGAGGCCAGCAAUAAAUACCUUCACAUGCGGGUGCGACUGAACCUCAGCCAGGACGAUGUCAUGUAUGCACUCAGGGAGGAAUAGGGCAAAAGAGAUUUUAUCCCUUUUACUGUGUGUAAAGGUUUUAGAUAUUGCCUAUUUUUAUUUUUUUUUUAACUGUCCAUAAAAUGGAAAUAGCUAAAUGUAUUUUUAUUAAAAUGCUUUGCCAAAAUGUUUGAUGUUAUAAAGCGCUCCUUUUAAUAAUAAAGCAUUAAUUUUAAAGCA